AUGCGCAGUGGCUUCCAGGAAGCUACCUCACAGGCCCCUACGGUGCGCUUUGAAGAUGAGGUGGACGGCGUGGUGCCCGAGACGCGCGGCGACCUCCACUCCGAUGGACAGACACCCGACCCCAGGGUGGUGGCCGGGGUGUCUCCCGCUGCCCUCGACUUCGUGGAGGUGGAUGCCUACUGCAAGAUGACGGGGGCAUCCCUCUAUGUUGUGUCUGCGAAAACAGGGCAAGGAGUCACGGAGCUGUUCCACGGAAUCGUACAGGCCGGUGCAGCCGCCUCGCGCGCGUCCUCCAUUCACAGCGCCCUGGACUCUCGGGUGUCCUCCAUCCAGAGCUUGCAGAGUCAGGCCACGCUGACUGUGCAUGGUGGGGACGGUGCCGCUGCCACGCUGGCAGAGGCCCGUGGCAGGGAGCCUGCCAGCGCCCCUGAUGCCCCAGCCUCGACCGGGUCUGCGGCCGAUCUCAGAGAGUUCCGGAGCACGGGCCAGUAUGACGCCAACUUCGCCAACAGUCCCUGGCAUGGCGAGUACGUCUUCGAUGAGGACGGCUUGAUCGCUGCGCAGGUGCCGCCGGGCACCCGUGAUGCAGCAAGGGCCGCGGGUCGGAAACAGGCCUGUAGGGUGACGUGA